AAUCCCCAGUCUCUCAUUUUUGCGGAUCAAAACCCUAGCUCUGCACAGCCGUCGCAGCAGCAGCUUCAGCAACAACAAUGGCGACGGCGAGAACUGUGAAGGAUGUUUCUCCUCACGAGUUUGUCAACGCUUAUGCCGCUCAUCUCAAACGCUCCGGCAAGAUUGAACUUCCUCACUGGACUGAUAUUGUGAAGACUGCUACAUUCAAGGAGCUUGCCCCAUAUGAUCCUGAUUGGUACUAUAUUAGAGCUGCUUCCAUGGCAAGGAAAAUUUACUUGAGGGGUGGCAUUGGUGUUGGUGCCUUCCGGAGGAUCUAUGGUGGAAGCAAGAGGAAUGGCAGCCGCCCACCCCAUUUCUGUAAGAGCAGUGGUUCUAUUGCUCGCCACAUACUCCAGCAAUUGCAGACGAUGAACAUCAUUGAACUUGAUUCAAAGGGGGGAAGGAGAAUCACAUCCAGUGGCCAGAGGGAUCUAGAUCAAGUUGCCGGACGGAUUGCAGUUGCCCAUUGAGAAGUCGAAUGCAUGCAAUUAAUUAAUACUUGAGGAUUUGGAAUGAAAUUUGAUAGUGAACUGUUAAAUCAGAGUUUUAUGCUUGGUAUGUCUAGGACAUCUGUGAACGCUUGCUUUUGAGGGUUUCUGCGCUUGUUUGAAUUUUGGCUUUAUGAAGUUUAGUUUCUAUAACCAUUUCUUAUGAUUGUUAUCAGAAUUUUGAAUCUGCUUCA